UUCCUUGGAGUCAGAGCACCUGCAGUCACUGGCCCUCAAACUUGGAGGCAAGGCUAGACUGGUCCAUAAUCACUUGAGAAUGAACAUAUCAUUGAGGUCCUCAGUCAAUGGCAGUGUCCAUCCUGACUACCUCCCAACUGAUGUCCUCUCUGAUAUCUCUCAUGUUGUGACAACACUGAAAACUAUGGUGUCAUGGCUUGAUAGGCCCCCAUUUGAAGAUAGCAGUGAUGAUUACCUGUUAAUGAGAAAUGCCUUUGUGAAACUUGGCUUGGAGCUGACCCAAGCAGCCUAUGAUGACAGUGAUAUCCUGGAGAGUGAAGAGAAGAUUUUAACAGUGUGUCGAAUGAUCUCAGACAAAUGUGAUCAUUUUAUCCACACAUCUAAGGAUCCUCUUACUCUUCAGCCAUGCUCUCUAGAGCUGGCAACCAUCAGGAAGAAACCUGAGGAGGAACUGGGUAUGCAUAUCCAGUCCUCAUACCUUGGCACGCACCUGAUAGGAGGGGUAAAGGACCAGUCUCCAGCUGACAUCUGUGGAAAAAUUGAGGAAGGAGAUGAAGUCAUCAUGGUCAAUUAUCAGAUGGUGGUUGGCUGGCAGCUGAAGAAAUUGGUACAGAUUUUGAGAGAGAAACCAAGAGAAGUCAUUCUGAUGCUUAAGAAACGUCCCAGACAUGCUAAUAUCUUCGGCCAGCCAACUAAUCGUAGGCGGCGCUCUCCAAACAAGAAGCCAUCCACAUUUCCCAAACUUCAGAAGAAGAGGUCUAGGGAAGACAAGAAUGUGAGAACCCCACUACCACCAAACUUCCUACACUCUGAGCAGGAGCAGCUCUCUCCAAGGUAGAGGGUGUAUUAUUACUUAUUUUGAUAAUAGAAAAAACAGUCUAUGAACAAAUGCAGGCAUGUGAUGUGUAAUGUGAAUUUGUCAGGUGACAAAUAGAGAGAUGUACAGAUUCAUUAAUGUGCAUUUUCUUAGGUCAAUAUUGCUUAAAAAAAGCAAUGAAGAAUUUUAAAAUACAUUUAGAAAGUUGUACAGAUGACGACAUACAGAAUAUUUUGGG